AUGAGCGACUCAGAUCCGUCACAUUCCAGCCAUAAGGGCGAGAAUUAUCCUGUUUUUAGGCUACUAGAAUGCCAACUUGGAGAUCCUGUUUUGGCUCACUCCCUCUCUACUUACGGAGUAGUAGCGGGGACAACACUUGGUAGAGUUUCAGCAUAUAUCUUUGAUUACCCGUUAGGUAAUCCAAGGGAAGGAGAUACAGCAAUUCAUAUGCCUAAUGAACCCUUAAAUAGCUCAACUAUCACCACUAAGGCUGACAUUGGUAUCCGGGUGGGUGAUUGGUUGUGGAAUCUAUUUAGUAAAUCCACUAUUUUACCCCUAAACAAACUGCUCCAAACACACCUACCAGGGCGCUAUACCGUUCUAUCUUCUUUCAGUGAUGAACCUAUUCAAUCUGUUUUUAUGUCCAAAAACAAGGUAUAUUCUCUAGUGGGUACAAACAUUUUCAUCACUUACGACUAUAAAGAGUACAAAAUUAUUGAUUCAAUGGAAAUCGAUUGCCCUAGACACUUGGGCGCUAAACAAAUUCUUACUUUCAAGCAUGAUGUAUUAAUCGAAACACCUCGAGGAUUUUCAAUCGUGCAACCAAUUAAAAAGACCCAGGUCACUAACACAGCUAGAGAUUUCUCAGAGUGUAACAAUCUGCUUGAUUUUGAUGGAAAAAGAAUGUUGUGUUACCAGCGAUUGCAUAAACAAUUAAGAGUACAAAUAAUAGAAUUGCUAAAUACGCUAGAACCGCGAGUAAUAUUCACUGUGGAUGUAUCGCUCAAAACGCACUUAGUUACCCAUGCCAAAUUCUGGGAAUCUCAUCGCAUCGUAGUAGUUUUGGACGCUAGGAAAUUUGAACUUUAUGAGUUUAAAAAUUCCACUGCACCUUGUAUCACUAAGAAGAUAGGAGGAGAUGUCGCAAAUUUAUGUGCAGAACACUCGAACCUUCUGCUCGUAUUGAUGAGGAAGGGUGCUAUAUAUUUAAUGGACGCGCAACUUAACAUAAUUUACACUUUGUCCACACAUCCCUCCCACUUCGACCUGGGAUGGCCCUACAAACUCAGCAGUUACCUAAACUAUGUCUCCUGGACCGCAGACCAAGGUGUUUAUUUUAGCAAGUUUCCCGAUUCGAUAUUCAAUUCAAGUCAGCAUCUGCCCUGUAAAAAUUGCGCAUGUAUGGAUGCGGAACAUAGCGAUAAAAGUGAUACAAACAGUAUAAAUGGCGAUUAA